UGUUGGCCAUGACUAAUUAAUAUUCAAUAGCGGGUUAAUCCUAGCCCCGGUUUCCCCUCAGGGAAACGAAAAUGAGGUUAGCGGAGUUUUGCUUCAUUUGGGUCACCUUGAUUGUUUUUCUUUUCUUCUUCUUAUUAGCUUUGAAUCUACAUCACCUCAUUUAGCAAACCCUCGUCACCUAGCGCAGCUGUUUUAAGGCAUAAAGAAAACAAUAAAUCAAGUCCCAUAAAACUUGCCAAAACGCGGGUCUAAUAACCAAAUUGAAACAUGAAAUGACAGGGUAUCAUUAAGGAGAACCCCGCUGCCGUUUUAUAAUCCUACAGAGACGCCGGGCAGCACAUAAAAACCGACAAGGGCAAAUGCUUUAACGGAGCAGCACUCCGGCUAAUUAAGUCGUUGAACCCGUUGCCCUCGACAAAGAUGUCUCCUGCUGAGGGCUGGCCGGAGCAGAAGAGCAACCAAUAAAAGGACACGUUGAGUCGAGGUGACACAAAGGUAGCCAAUCGUAUAGCGGUGCUUUAGAGCGACGCUGAGGCAGCUCUACCAGGAAACAAACAGCUACGAAAAAAAGGCUAAAUAGUCGCUAUCCUCCUAUUGCUCUCUUGUUUUCAGCGAUGUAGAGAAAAGAGGCUGAGCUACUCUUAAAUAAAACAGCAGGACCCAUGACCCUGACACGAGGAUCCUUUACUUACUCCAACGGCGAGGAGUACCACGGGGAAUGGAAAGAAGGUCUCCGUCAUGGCCUGGGUCAGUUGACCUUCAGCGAUGGGACGUGCUACACUGGACAGUUUGAAAAUGGCCUCUUCAAUGGUUGUGGGGUGCUGGUCUUUCCUGACGGCUCCAGGUAUGAAGGAGAAUUUGUGCAGGGGAAGUUUCAAGGUGUCGGCAUCUUCACUCGCUUUGAUGGCAUGAAGUUUGAGGGCGAAUUUAAAAGUGGCUGUGUGGAUGGCUAUGGAGUGCUGGCGUUUGUGGACGGAGGCCCCGGAGGAGGAGGAGGCACCCACGAGGGUCUGUUUGAGACCAGCCAGCUGAUGAAGAGAGAGAACAGCCAGGGAGCUGUGCAGCGGGCGCAGGCGGCAGCUGCCAAGGCCCGAGCUCUGGCCAUGUGACGUGGACUACAUCACCCACAGUGCCCCAGUACCAGAAUCAUCCUCCCAACACUACCCCCUUGGUUUGAGGUGUUUAAUUUUUCCUUUAAUUUUAUUACUCUUUGGUUCCUUCUCAUCCACUUUUUGUUGGACUGGUAAGUUAGUUUUUAGGAUUUUAUUCUUAUACGUCUGUUCUAUCUCUCAUUCAUGUAACAUGCAGUAUGCGCAGAGAAGAAAUGAAUGGCUCCCUUAAGUUUUGUCAACACAGCCACUGAAUCAGGAUCUGCUGAGCCAAACGCAGAUUUAAUGUUCAGUUCACACACUGGUGCUAAAUCUGUUUCAGGGUCAGGUAAUCUGACAAAACACAGAAGUGCAUGUGGACGUUUUCCAGUAAACACUGAUUUGGUGAGUUUCAUGUCAAAAGAAUAUCUGACAUGUGGGUUUAAAGUGACCUAAAUUUAUUUUAAAAAAGAAGACAAUAUUUAUGUUUCAAAGUGAAAGUGCACAAAAAAAUAGUGAGACUUUAUAUUUCUGAAUAAAUGAACUAUUAACAAAUGGUAGAUAAACAAAAGUAAAACAAAUUAUUCUGAUUUGAUUUAAUGUUUAUUUUUACUGGUGAAUUCUCAAGCCUAACAAAUAUAAAAGUCAUAACUGGUUUAAAACCAAAGAUUACAUUUUUAAUUUUUAAUCACAGUUUUAUUCAAAUUUAUUGAUGCAAAACUUGUGUUAGAGCUGUUUUGUCUUCAAAUAUUCAGCAGAGCACUACAGACCAUGGCUAUAACAAAGGACGUAAAUGUGGUAAAAAGUAACUUUAUUGCAUUACACAGCAGACAACCAACAAACAGGGGACAGGCACAUUUUCAUUACUAACAUAAAAAAUACAGACGUAUUUGAUUUAAUAAGAGAUUAUUCAUUUAAAAGUGACUUCUCAUAUUUUGCCAACCAGGAACAAAAGCAACAGUAGAUUCAGUACUCAAUUCUAGUCACUUGAAUUAGUGUUUCAGCAGCACUGACAUGCUUUCACAUGGAAAUCAUUCAUAUACGUUUAGAACAAAAUGUCUAAAAACUUUAUUUUAUAGGUCUCAGAUUUUAAUGAGCAGUUUCAAAGAAUUCUGCCAUGUGAUUCUAAUUAGAGUCAAAAUACAGACCAUGAAUAAGUGGAACGCUGUUAUUUACUUCAUUGCUUGAGACAGUGUAGCAGAAGUCAGCUGACACUGCAAAAAUAUAAACAAAGCUUACAGUUUCAGAUACUGUUUGUAUAAAUGAAAUUUACAAUUACAAAGAGAAAUGAGUUACUGCUUGAGAACUGUCCACAUAGGUCACCUCUAAGGAAACUUACACAACAAUGGAUUGCCUGUUUUUAGUCAAAUUAAAUAUAAGGGAAAACUAUUCAAAAAGGUGUCAACAAGCUUCAUUCUUACUUACCACUAAAUCUGAAAUAAAUCAAUGAAAGGAAUGUUUAUUUUCAUAUCAGCACUUGUUUUGAACAUUAGCUCACCAGAUCAGUACUUUCUGGGUUUCCUACCUUCCCUUUAAAAUGUGUGUUUUUUUUCUGACCUCCUAUUGGUGCUCUAAGGAGAAUACAGAUUGUUCAGUUUGAGUCAGAGAGAUGUCAGGAGGGCCUUGGUUAGAGACGAUGUGAGCAGCGUUUGGUGGUCCUUUUCACUCAGUGCCGUUACAGCUCAGUCUGAUUACAGAACAGCAGGAACAUCUUCCUCAGUGCCAAACACACAGUGCCAAGCGGCUGCAGCUGAUCCCGAAUCAGUGGCUUAUUAUCAGAGAGGAAGCUGGGAGGGGGGAGGAUGGGGAUUAAUAGUGAGGAGAAUGGGAGUGCCUGCAUUGUCACAGGCUGCAAUAAUGAGUGCAAUUUCUGUUUUGGAGGUGCAAUUUGAUAAUAGCAUGCAAUUUAUGUUUGAAAGCAAGAUUUUGCUUCCACCGGCUUUUAUAUUUGGAGUUGAGGAGCUUCCUGCUCUGUCAGGAAAGAAAGGCUUUGUAGGUGAAAGGGAGGGCCAUCUGAUGAAGGAGAGGCUCAAAUGACUUGAAGGGUUUCAUGGGAGAACUACGUGCACCUUUUUCUGCGUGAAAUUUGAGCCAUUUUCUAAGAAACAGCAUUAAGAUUAUGCCUCUUUUUUUAAAUGUCAAAAUGUAAUUUCAAUUUAUGUCAAAAUCCAUGAACCAAAAACAUUGUGUAUUUUUGCAGUGCAAAUCUUCACAUAGGCCAAGGUUUUCCAGCAAGGAAAAAUAUAUUGUAAAAACAAACGAAAAAAGUAAGUAGCACAUACUUUAUGUGUAUCAUACCUGCUGGGAAUCAGUGGCCAUCUAUGUAAUGAGACUGGUGGUGUAGAUGUGCUAUAUAUAUGUGUGUGUGUGAAUGUAGUCGUACUGUUGUGGGUGGGGGUUGGGGUAUUCAACGUGUAAUGGAGUUAAGUGUCAGUUACGUGAAUGUUCCAGUGUGCAAUUAAUUUGGGAUGUGGUUUGGGGGCCGAUGUCUUCCCUGCUGACCAGUUUGACAGCGACAUCUAAAAGAGCUGAAGUGAUGGAGGCAUCUUACACCUUUUAAUUGGCUUUGGGAUCCAAACAGAAACUGUCAAACAUAUGCGGUUAUUAGGGGAUGACGUGGGCUGGGUUUCCACUGGAAUAAUCUUUAGUCUUAUUCACUGUAUUAUUUCAGACAAAAAUGUUGUGACUAUGUUCAUAGAGAAUCUUUUAACUUUGUCCUGUAUUGUAUUUAACUGAAUGAUCCCAUGUUCCUUCACAGUCUUAGAAAACAAAGAGGAUAAUGAAACCCUUUAAAAUGCACCUUAAAACCUCAACUUUGAAAGUUGCCAUGUGAUAUUAACACGGAUGACUGUCUCUCAGCAUUAGCAAAGUUACGCUUUCUAAUGUGGGUAUGACUGAAAUCAUUGGUUCACUGUGAUGAGUAUUAAUUAUUAAUGAGGGUGUCAUCUAAAUCCACCCUAAAACAGAAUUCACAUAUUUCAGAAAAAGUCAAACGAUCUCUAAGAAUGUAGCUUUGAGACAGUUUAUGGACUUAAAGAGAGAAUUAGGUUACAUGCUAUCUGCCAUAGCUUUUAGAGCUGGUUGGAACAUUAUAAAAGGAGAAUGUGAGGUCUUGAAUUAAAAUUGAUAGUCACAGGAACAUUGAACUGUUUUCUUUGGGUUUUUUUUUAUUUGUUUGAUUUAAAAACAAAGCAUUUCAACUCUUAAUUCUCACUAGAUUAUCUAAGAUCACUAAAAUAAAUAAUAAUACGCUAAGAAAUAGUUUUACGUUUUGGUGCCAUGUCCACAUCUGUGCCAAGUAUGAUGCUAAAGCCAGAUUAAGCUAAGUAGCUUAAUUGACUUAACAUUGUUCAGUCUUCUCCUAGGCUAAGCUAAUUUCCAGUGGGCAGUGAGUGAUUCUUAAGUUCUCAUAUAAUUCUUUAUGAUUACCGUAUAAAUUUUAUUUAACUGAAAGUGUGAUAUUUUAUAGACAAAGCUAUUCUGCUCUUUCAUGUUAUUCCCCAACUUUGUGCAAAGAUACGCUAACACUAGGAAAUUAGUCAAAUUUGACUCUUCUUCAGUUUAAAAUAGUGAUUGAAAUAAUUCAAACCCUAAAAAUAAAUAUUUUGUGCACACAUUCUGUACACAGGAGAGAGGCUAGAAAUAUGACUUUCUGCACAUUUCAGCAUCAUUUCAAACAAGGUUCUCCUUUUUUUUUUCUUGCAUGUUAGGCUUUUCCGCAUUGAUUAAUCUUAAAAUUAUUAGGUAGAAACUGAAAACUGACUGCAUUUAAAAAACACUGUAACAGGUUAAAUGAACAAGAGUCACCUUGAACUGCAGCUGAUAUAUAAGUUGCUUCCAGCUGUUUAAGAAGUCUUUCCUUUAGGCUUGUUUGCAAACACAGCAGCAUCAAAGAGCAGCAGGAUCCAUAUCAAAAUGUCCAAAGUCACAUUUAUUCAUUUUCUUCAGUUAUUUUUGUCAGCAGUGUAAACAGCACAUUGUGUCUGAUUAGUCCUUACUAGAGACUAUUGUGUCUUUAAUGGUUAAUUCUUUUCCUUCCACAGCUUCAGCAGCACUUUCUCUUAUUAAACCCCAAAUUAUGAUCAAUUAAAUAAAAUAAUUACUGAAUAUUAAAAUUAAUAGCCUAUGAUUAACCUUUAAUUAUAAUCUAUUAGAAGUUACGUCACAUACAUCAAUCCACCAUGAGUCUCACUUCAAGUGGUAGCUAUAAAUUGGAAGUGCUGUGGUUUAUUAUAUUCUUAAAAGGAUCAUUCAUCAAAAUGUAAACAUAAAGACAAAGAACAUCAGCAAAAUUCAGACAGUUAAUUUUUUAUGCAAAAGGAUGGAAUGAAAUAAAGUGAAUACCGUUUUAGGUGGGAUUUCUAACAGUUUGAGGACUCGAUGCUUUUUAAAUGGGUUAUUUUAACAGUGAAAUGCCAUUUUUGAGGACAGUUUUCUUUCUUUCUUUUUUACUGAGGCUCUCUGACUGUUUCAUUUACACCAGGAAUCCAUUGUUGUUGUUAUUCUUGGUGUCUUGAGCUGCAUGUACAUUUUAAUAUUUUCUCUCUCUUUCAAGAGGCAUUGCCUGAGUCUGUAUAGAGAGAAACGGACACUUAAUUCACACACAUGUGUGAGGAAUGGAGACAUAAUCAGUGUCUAUAAUUUCAUUAGUUCCACAGUAUUUACUUCUCACACUCUUUCACACAAACACGCACACACUUGUGCUUAGACUGUCCUUAUGUACGGCACAAACAAAAACAAGCCCAUUACCGUAAUCACCACUGUAAUGAGAAAAUAGGGCGAGAGCAAUCCAGGGCUCUUUAACAGUUGUUCAACAAGUGAGAGAAUCAACACUGCUUAUGAAAAAUGAGACACAGUUACUUAAUCGAGUGCCUGAACAAAAACCUUCUUCUACUGUGCUUUGAGUACCGGCUGACUGUUUUACUUACUCUUAUUACUUUGUCUUAAAUCUUUUUGUCUUUUUGUGUGUUUUUGUGUUUGUGCUUAAUAAAGGGAAAACAUGAGUGUGGGGUUGAAGGGCAGCGGUUUACCAGUUUAUCACACUGGUGAGAUGAUUGCCUGAUGAGUAACAACCAACUCACUGCCUUCACUCACAGUAUGCCUUCAUAUUUGUUUUGGGUAUUUUAAAUACCUGAGAGAUGGAAACUGAAACAUUACACAAGGUUUUUCCAAAUAUCUGGAUUUUAGAGAUUUUUUGGACUUUUUUUUUAAGUUUUCAGCAACAAAGGGAAAAAAUGGCUCAGGUCUUACAUUAUCUUGCUGUCGAGAUUUUAUCCUGAAAUACGCCAUGAAAAUAUACAACAAUAGCUUUUGUUGGAGUAAAACUGGUGUCUUUAAGGGGCUCUCUGGCAACUUUGUUUGAAAUAAGCAGAACUUGCUUUACGUUAUAGAAAAGCCUAUCAAGCUGCAUAAUGGGAAAUUUAGGAUUCGGCACUGGGGCGUGAUCCAGACUAGGGAUGCAUGGCUGUUCUGCAGAGAAAUAUUUCAUGCAUGGUUUUCAGUCGUCUAUCUGAUCUCCGAUGGAACAGAUAUGCUUCUGUUUUAAUCAGUUCAGCUUUCUGCUUAGAAGGCAGUUUGUGUUUCAUUUGUAUUGCACAUUUGGUGGUCAGAAAGGCGUGUUUGUACUUUGAGUGUAUUUUCUUCCAUUUCACGCACAUAAAUAAAAUCAUUGUGAAUGAGGUGAAGCCAGCACCUCCAUACUGUGUAGAAACAGAGAAUCCUAGAGCAGCUAUUGUGCUGCUUAUGUUAUGCCUCCUGUGUUGACAUAGUUUAAAGUCAGGAUAUGUCAGCCUCUGCUGACUGAAUUUCACCCAUUUAAGUGGAAUAUGAAAUUGCUGCAGUACCCCUUUAGAGGGAAUAAUUGUUGAUCCAUUAAAAAGACUGAACGUCUCUCAGUUCUGUGUGCUGACAGCCUGAUGAGAGCACUUCUGCUAAUUCAGCCAAAGGAAAGCUCCACAGAUUAGAGGCAGAUUAAAGUUUUUUCAGGACUGUUUGGUCAAAGAAGCCAAUCAACACAAAGUAAAUGACAUUUACUGUUUAAGGUAAAAAAAAAGUUAUUUGUCAACUGAAAAUAGUUGCACUAAAAUAUGAUUACCAGCCUUGUUAAAAAGAACCCUGACUAGUUCAGCUUGUGGCCGCUGUUUCUAAAGCACGCUGUCAAAACACAUAGUUUGCUUUUAUUGAUUUAAAAACUGAGUCGGUCCAAAUUUCUAACAAACCAGAGGUUUAAAAAUUGUCACAGUGUGCUGCUUUUGUUUGCAAUUUCCAGUUAAAAAAAAACAGCUUUCCUGUUGGAGAGGAGGAAGGUGGUAGGAAAAAGACACUCUGCAAAAGACCUGCAAUUAGGUUAUAGGAACCCAUCUCUUUUUGCACUUGAAGCAAAAAGUGUUCAGAAAUAUUACUGGUUGUUAAAGGAUGACUGAAGGCGCCAGUAAACCUUGCACAUUGGUCUCUGACCAAUAUGACUAAUUGAAGUAUUUUCUGGAAGUAAAACUGAAAGUCAGACUAAUCUGCAGUGUUUAAUCUAUACAUGUUUUCAUAGUCAGGGUUCCUUUCCUUUCUAAGCAAAAAUACAGUCUCUAAGGUGACCUAGCAUGUUGUUCCCCAUGUAUCCCCAUCAACUAUUAUGCUGUUUAAAGUUUCACAUUAUUAAGUAUGUGCACAAAUUCUUGUGAGCCAAAAGCUCAGGCUAAUAAUCCAGAGUCCAAUCACAAUGCAGAGGUUAAAAUUGGUCCCCUUUUAGGUCCAUUCAAUGGUUUUUCUAAUUGUAAACACUCCUCGUGAUCUUUAUCAGGAGAUACAAGUCUGCAUAAUGCAUUUAUUUUUCUUGUAUCAUAACUAAAUUUAGUUUUCCUAAUACAGAGCGUUUUUUAUUGUGAAACUACGUUUUCAAAACAGAUCAAAGGUCAACUUGUGGCUUCUCAGAGGCUUUAAUCACGUCUCUUUUCAGGUGCCAUACUGUACACAUUUACACAUGCUACACAUGAGCAGCAUUUCAGUCUUUUAUGAAAACUGAAGGAGAAAAAUUUAACGUUUUAGGCAUUUAAUCAUUUGUCCAAGUUCAGUCGUGAGCUCAAAUAUUCAUUUUGAUGAAAAAUAAACAAAAGCUAUUGUUGACUAAAAAUAAACUUGCAGACAAAUUUAACAACUGAUAACCAAAACUUAUCUCUGUAAAUAAAAACUCAGUAACUGGGCUUUUUUUUCUUUUUCAGAAGUUUCACAGAUGCAUGUUUUAUGUCGUCUCACGUGGGGCCACGUCCCCGUUUUAGCACCUUUAAACACUGCAAAAACAUUUGGAAACUGAGACUCGCUGAUGUCACGAAGCCAUAAAGUCACUUUGUGUUGUUGUUUCUGAUGAAUUUGUUGUUAAGAUGAUGAUGUCAUGGAAACAAAAGAUGAAUAGUGUUUGGUAUUUUAGAUGGAAGUGAAUCCACAGACAAAACAAUAAAGAAAAUGCAUGAAACCGAACCAGAUUGUGAGCCUUUUGUGUUUGUGGUGCGAGGGCCGCCGGGAGACAUGAAACACUGGAACGGCACAACGAAAGGUGCACACAACCACAAGUCAAAACGCAUACACAUGCGGAGACAUAUGGAAGGAUUCUGAACUCUGAUCACACAUCUCAGCAGGUUUAACGAUUAUUCGUGGAGCUCGGCUGUCAGAAGCCCACCUCCACCCCUCCCCCUGCUUCAUCCUCCCCUCCCCCCACCCACUCACUGCUCUGCUGUCACUAAAAUAGCUUUAAGGUGUGUUUAGGUUGGACUUUAACCCCUCCGCCUGUUUCGUCUCCUUGGCAACCGUCCAGAGUUCCCUUAAUUUGUAUCAUCUCAAUCCCAAGUGCUGCAGCAGUUUUGCCUAUUUGCCCCUAAUCAUGGAGCCUGUUUCCAUGGCAAAGUAUUUAAAUAUGCUCUGCAGA